CUCUGUAUACCUGACAUCCUCCGAUUGCGUCUUGUGUUCAUUCUCACUUUUGCUCAUUUUUUUUUCCAGAAAUAUCCUGCGACGCCCGUUCGGUCUCGAUCCGGCACUCUCGAGAGGCGAUAAACAUCUGGGCUUGUUUCCUGGUGGACCUUUUUGGCGACGGCUGAUACAGAGCAGUCCAUACGGCGCUUUAAGGACACCUCGUCUUGACCCACACAGCUAGUGCUCUGAAGGGAGUAUGCCCCCAUUUGACCAUGGCGCUGCCGUCCUAUUGGCUACUCCGGCACUCCGUGGUCAUGUGCUUGCUGCUACACAGCUUGGUCUUGAUGACACUCUGCUUCCACCACGCAGCCACCUCCUGCUCAAAGCAUUGCUACUGCUCCGAGAGCGAGGGUCCAUCUGGGGGCAAGACCAUGCGGUGCAGCAACCUACGCCUCACCGAGAUUCCACAGGACAUCCCAAACGACACACGGCGCCUCUACCUGGACUACAACCUGCUGACCGGUGUCCCUGCCAAUGCCUUUCGAGAUCUUCCUCUGCUGGCCGAACUCGAUCUUUCCCACAACGAGCUGGCACUGCUUGAGCCUGGAGCUUUCCGGGGCCUGGCUGCCUCGUUGCUGUUCCUGGAUCUUUCCUCCAACCAGCUGGUGACGCUGGACCCCGAAGCUUUUGAAGGCGUGAGGGCUCGAUCCAAUCUGACUGGCAACCCCUGGCACUGUGACUGCCGGUUACAGAUGGCACUUCCACGCCUCGAUCUGGAGCCUGUGUCUCUCACCGGCAUCGUUUGCCAAACAUCAGAACCCGAGGACUCGGGUGCCCAAGGUGUGCCCUUUCUGCUGGCCAAAGACUUGGACCUAUGCGUGGUGCUUAAAAAGACCACAGACGUGGCCAUGCUAGUGACCAUGUUUGGAUGGUUCACCAUGGUCAUCUCCUACCUGGUCUACUACGUGCGGCAUAACCAAGAAGAUGCCAGGCGCCACCUGGAGUAUCUCAAGUCUCUGCCCAGCAGGCAGGGCAAGUCUGAGGAAUCUUCCACCAUUAGCACUGUGGUUUGACAGCACACGAUCGCUAAAGGGGGAAGCUUCUCAGGCAAGCACAGGGCAAUGGGCACACUGAAAAGUCUAGCCUGGUAGAGGAACCAAUAACCGGAUUAUCAUCUCUGGAAAUAACAGGCAUGGCGUACUGCAGCUCUCUGGAUCAUCAGAAACCAGCCUUAAACAAAAAACAACCACAGCGACUUAGCAGCUGGAAAAAAUCCUGCCGCAAGUCUUCCAUUUCAGGCUCGAAGGUAAAGACAAACCCUCCUUGGGGAACCUACAUGCCAGCGUUGCAAGAGAAUUGCAGGGGUCAUCUAAUCUUAUCCAGAUAAAUAAUUGAUCCCGGACCGGCCAGGCUCCAAGUCUGCGCUGGCUGAGUGGUUUGUCUGCUCCGAAUGCUUUUGAAGUAGCACGAGUUGUUACUUUUGAGUCGUUUCUGAAAGGAUCCGCCAUCUAUUUGCAUGAGCAUGUAGCAUAAAGCAAGCCCUCUCUUCCAUUACGAUAUUUAUUAACAUGAAAAGUUCUGAUGUUUAUCCCUCCAGACUACAUUCGUUUUUUAUAACAGAGCCAUGCAUAAACAUACACGUCCGUCAUUUCUACAAUUCUGAAUAAACGGUUUAGUGAAAGUCGGUGUAUUGCUCUGAUAUGUAUAUUUUUUAUCAUUUUGUAGAGGAAAUAAUCAUAUUUCGUAAUCCUAGUGAAGGACACCAGCUGGUCCGGUAUUUUCCCGCUCUUUCAGGGGAAGAGUAAAAUGCUGCUUUGUUGGGGUUUUUGUGUGGGUUUUUUUUUUUUUUUUUACAUUUAGUGAUGGUUUCCAGUCCUGUUCCUGGAAUUUCCAAUGAACUCGCAGCUCUAGGAUCCUGAGCUUGGGUUCCUGUCCGUGUGGUUUUCCUUCAGGUCCUCUGGUUUCCUCCCACGUCCCAAAACAUGCUGAUACUGAGAUCUUGGUGCAAAUCUUUUGUUUUUCGGUUGUUUUGGCCAAACUGGCUGCGGACGUAAGAUGUAACAAUUGUACGACUGUUCCUCGCAACCAAGGAAUUAUUUCACGAUUUUUCUCUGCAACGGAAAAAGAAAUAAAAUACAGUGUAAAGCAGCCUUACUUUGUGCAAGCUCAUCUACUCGAACUCGUAACGACGAACGCGAUAGCCCUCGUCGUUUCCAAAUCAGAUUCGCUAACUUGUAAUUGUAGCUAACUUGUAAAUGUAGCUAGCUUGUAAUUGUAGCUAGCUUGUAAAUGUAGCUAGCUUGUAAUUGUAGCUAGCUUGUAAAUGUAGCUAGCUUGUAAUUGUAGCUAGCUUGUAAAUGUAGCUAGCUUGUAAUUGUAGCUAGCUUGUAAUUGUAGCUAGCUUGUAAAUGUAGCUAGCUUGUAAUUGUAGCUAGCUUGUAAAUGUAGCUAGCUUGUAAUUGUAGCUAGCUUGUAAAUGUAGCUAGCUUGUAAUUGUAGCUAGCUUGUGAAUGUAGCUAAUCUGGUCGUUUUGCGGAUUAGGGUUACUUAGCUACAGAGUAAUUGUGUGACUCGAGUUCCACCACCUUCCAAAUUCCACUUUGAUUCAUGUCCUUAAGGGUUAUUGUGGAAGUUAGCGGACCAGGACUGGAAAUCAGUCAAUGCUGUGGGAUUUUAUUUACUUGCUCAUUUUGACUGACUGAAAUCUUUUUUUUUUUUUUCUCAGUUACUCAGGACUCCAAAAGCCUUUUCAGCUAGAACAGGUUUGAGGUGCAGCUUUAUAAUGCUAAUCCUCCAUAGAAUGAAAUGGAAGAUUUGCACAGAAAUGCCACCAAUGGAACGUGCUAAUCUGGAAGGCUUCUCGUGCAUACAUUUAACUCAAGAGGCUUAUGGAUGAAAAUAAAACGGAGAGUCGUGCCGUGUUGGAUGUUUUAAUUAUGUAGAAGGUAGACGUGAUGGAAGGAAUUGGCCUGACUUUUGACACUGCGCUCUAAAAAGUGUGAGUAGAUCAGGAGUCGGUGGAAUUACCGCAUUAUAUGAUUAUUAUUUCUUUUAUUUUUUUUAAUGUAAGGUUUAAAAUCAGUAACAUCGCUGAGAGUUUCCAGAAUCGCGCAGGGUAUGUUUUGUACUGUUAUUAAUUAAAAAAGAUAUCUAUUUUUUACUUUUUGUGUUGGAUUUAUUCCAGAUACAGUAUUCAGGAUGCACUUUAUUGAAAACAAAAUCAAAACCUGACACAGAAAAAUGUACUUAUGUUCCAUUAAAGAUUAAAAAAACACACUGUGGUGUUGUUCCUGAGAACGUUUUCUAUUUUCCAGUGAGAGACUUCCUGCUGAGGAAACUCCACCUGUGCUGGCGAUUUUCACACUCAAGUCAACCACACACACACACACACACACACACACAGGCCGAGAGCUGAACAUAAAGUUGCGAAAGGCAUCCAGGAGACUUGUUAACUUGGUACAAACAUAGAUACAGCAAAUGUCAUCCACUGCCACGUGACUAAGUUGCUGACGGGAACGAACCUGAAAGGUUCCUUUCAGCCCCGAAGAAGGAACGACUCUUAGUGGAAUAAUUCA